UCUCGAUUCUCCCCCUCUCUUUCCUUUUCUUUUUCUUUUUUGUUUUCCCUCGAAGAAAGAAUAAAAAAAUUAAAAAAAAAAAUUCUCCCCUCUCAUGAUUUCUCUCCUCGUUUUCCCUCUCAUAAUCAUGGAUGUAUUAUUUUCUCCUACUAUUGAACGAAGUUAUCUGGAUGCAAGAAGUGGCGAUUUCAAUUGGGUCUGCUUCUAAUUGGAUUAACUGAAGAUGAAGAAUUUAAAAGAGUGGUUUUCCUAUGAGCUAUUGUCUAAAUCAUUACUAUCUGCAAGGCCUUUCAGCUUCUUUUAUGAGGAAUCACUGGAUGGUGAACUUGGCAAUCGAGGUACAACAGUGACAAGAAUGUCAGAAACAUCAACAACUGCUCAUUAUCGUGACACCCAACAAAACAUACUUCGACCUGAGCCUAUCGCAACUGAAGGCUCAGAUCUAGCUCAAUAUAUCAAUAUUGACAGUAACACAGAUACAUUAACCCGACUCGAGGCGCUCCAAAUCAACUUCUUGCGUUUGAUUCAUAGGAUUGGACAAUCUCCAGCAAAUCCUGUGGCAUCUCAGGUCCUAUACCGAUUGCAACUGGCAAGCUUGAUACGAGCUGGUGAAACCAACGUAAAAAGACCUGCACUCAAGUUAGAUAGAGCUAGAGUAAUAGCCUCAAAGCUCGAGGCAGAUGGGCAAUCGGAUCUUGACUUCUCCUUCAAAAUCCUGAUCCUUGGAAAGACGGGUGUUGGCAAGAGUGCAACCAUAAACUCCAUAUUUGAUCAAUCAAUGGCUCCAACUGAUGCAUUCCAACCUGCAACCCACCAGAUUCAGGAGGUUACUGGAACUAUAAAAGGAAUUAAAGUUACAGUAAUUGAUACUCCAGGCCUUUCUUCUUUCCUUCAUAACCAACGAGAGAAUAGAAAAAUCUUGUUUCAAGUGAAAAAGUUAAUCAGAAGAUCACCGCCUGAUGUUGUACUCUAUUUGGACCGGUUAGAUACUGUUAAGCGGGGAGACAGUGAUUGCCGGCUACUGAAGCUAAUAACUGAUGUCUUUGGUGCUUCAAUUUGGUGCAAUGCUAUUAUUGGCAUGACCCAUUGUUCAUCAUCUCCUCCAGAAGGGCCUGAUGGUUAUACUGUGAGUUAUGAAUCAUAUAUUGAUUAUUGCACAAACUUAUUACAGCAUUACAUACAUCAAGCCAUAGAAAGUACUCAGCUUCAGAAUCCAACACUUUUAAUAGAAAACCAUCCUAUGUGUCAAAAAAAUGCUAAAGGUGAAAAAAUUCUGCCCAAUGGCCAAGUUUGGAUGUCUCAGUUGUUACUAUUGUGCACAGCUACCAAGGUUUUGGGGGAUGCAAAUAACAUCCUUAGAUUCCAAGACAGCUUUCAAGUGACAAAGAAAAAGACUAGACUGCCUUCGCUCCCUCAUCUGCUCUCCUCACUUCUCCAUCCAAGAAAUUCUUUGGAAGAUGAACCCGGUGAGCUUUUCAAUGAUAUUGAGGAUGAUGAAUAUGACCAAUUGCCACUGAUUCGUAUUCUGACAAAAUCCCAGUAUAAAAAACUGUCUAAAGAACAGAGAAAGGCCUACCUUGAUGAACUCGAGUAUCGUGAAACACUAUAUUUGAAGAAACAGUGGAAUGAUGAGAUCCGAAGGAGAAAAGAGAACAAUUGUGAUGAUUAUGAAGAUGAUGCUUCUCAGGAGUUAGUGCAGUUGCCCGAUAUUGCUCUCCCAUUAAAUUUUGACCCUGAUUGCCCCGCUCAUAGAUACCGAUGCCUGAUGAGUACUGACAAUCAGUGGCUUAUAAGGCCAGUCCUUAAUUCCCAAGGCUGGGAUCACGAUAUCGGGUUUGAUGGGAUCAACCUCGAAACUACCCAAGAUUUAAAACAGAAUCUCAAAGCUUCAUUUAUGGGACAAAUAAAUAAAGAUAAGGAAGAGUUCAACAUCCAAUCGCAAUGUGCAACACAAUACUCUGAUCAAAAGGGACGAUCAAUAAUCACUGCCAUUGACAUACAGAGUACAGACGACAAUUUGGUUUGUACCAUUCACGGGGAUGCGAAGUUCAAGAACUUGGGGUGUAACUCAUCAGGAGGUGGACUUACACUAACUUCCUUUGCAAAAUCUUGCUUCAUUGGAGGAAAGAUUGAAGACUCGGUUUCAAUCGGGAGGAGGUUUAAGCUCGUGCUGAAUGCUGGAAGAGUAGUUGGUAAUGGCCAAGUAGCUAAUGGUGGGAGUUUGGAGGCAACUAUGAGAGGUAGAGACUACCCAGUGAGAGAUGAGAAAGUGAAGCUCUCUGCAUCGGUUCUUUCGUUUGACAAGGAAGUUGUUUUUGGGGGGAGUCUGGAAACCGACUUCCGGGUGAACCCAAGUGGGAAGAUGUCGGUUAAUGCCAACCUAAACAGUAGGAGUUUGGGUCAGGUUUGUUUGAAGUUCAACACAUCAGAACAUACUGAGAUAGGGUUGAUAGCAGUUGUUUCUUUGCUUCAGACUUUGUUUUGUCGUAGGAGGAGCUCUGACGCUAGUUGAUGGUUUCCGAUGUUUGGAGAUUUUUUUCAUUCCCAGUUGGUAAGGGAAAGUGGGUUAGUGCUGAUCAUUGUAUAGAUGAGGGUAGGCAAAAUAGGAGUUGAGCCAUAGUACAAUUGAUAGUAUCCAAGUUGCGGAUACUGUAAUCCAAUUCUGAAAUUUGGAUUUUGGAAUUGAAAAUUUGUACCGUUGGAUGUCUGACUACCUAGAAAUAAAUUUCCCAAUGAUCUUGAUGUGUUUUCAAUCAGAUAUCAAGGGGUUUAAAAAAAAUGAUGUUAUGAAAAUUCGGAGCUGUUGGUUUUGGCAGCAUGAGACGCAUGGCCAUAGCGCGUUGAAGUCAUUUGAGAGUCCAUUCCUAAGCGGAUGGUUCGUAGUUUGUCACAUUCAAGGUACAGAUUUUUAAUUUCGAUUCCUAGUUUUUAAGUUUGGAUCUUAUAGUAUUUGCAUCUGGGAUACUAUUAGUUGUUAUCGACGUGGAUACAUGGAUAGAAGGGUUUGUUACAUUAAUCACGGAUGAGAUAUUGUUCUUGAUUUUUUCAGGGAAGUUAAAUAUUUUACAUUAA